AUGGAAGAGAUCGAAUUACCAAAACUAGAAACCGACCAAAAAUCAUAUGCGGGCAUUCCGGAGGCUGUGUUUGUCGACGAUGUGGAGCAGUACAUGAAAGAUUCCGGUAAUGAAGAUAACGUCGAAAAGGUGCUGAAGAAUUUUGACGAGCAACACAGCAAGUACCGCUUUAUGGAAUACAACAUGGUAUCGCGCAGGAGACGGCUGCGGCAGCAAAUUCCGGACCUCACCAAAAACCUGGAAAUGAUCAAGAAGCUGCGCGAGCAAACGGACGACCAGGUGACCCAGUUCCUGCUAAGCGACCAGGUGUACGUGAAGACGACGAUGCCGCCCACGAAAACAGUGUGCCUGUGGCUAGGAGCAAACGUCAUGCUCGAGUACCCGUUGGACGAGGCGGAGGAACUGCUGCGUCAGAACAAGAAGUCGGCCGAGGUGAACCUGCGGUGUCUGGAACACGAUCAGGAAUUUUUGCGCGAUCAAAUCACCACCACCGAGGUGAACAUGGCUCGUGUGCACAACUACGAUGUGAAGAAACGGCAAGCGUUGAAGGCAUCGGGAGAGGACAAAGCGUAG